UCAUUUUUUCCUCGUAAAAUUAAUUAAAGAUUGAUGAUACGUUUGAAAGGUUUGCAACUGCUCCCUUUAUCAAGUUAAUCAUACACCUGACCUCCAAGAUUCUAAAAUUGAUGUUAAAAUCUCCUACUUCCGAGGCUCCGAGUCGUGUGUAUAUAUUAUGGGGUCUCUCUUUCUCUUUCUUGUUCAUGCAACAUGAAAAUUCCUUCAAAAGAGGAGAUGUUUUCUCCUUGUUUCAAGCCAUUAUCCCUCCAUCACUACACCGCGAGAGAUGCAGAUUGCAGAGGAGAUAAACUGGGAAAACUUCAAUUGGGGUCUUCUCGUUUCUCUCUCGUUGCCUCUUCGCCUAUCAAAGUUCCUUGUAAAACCUGCAAAAAGGAGAAAAUUGAAUGCGGUUCUUUGGAAAUUAACAAAUUCAAGACAAGUCGUUUACUGUGAAACAAUGUUUUGAUGCGUCUCCUGUCCAAACAAUUUUUUAUUUUGGUCGAAAAGUAAGAGAAUCAAAGCGGGUAGCCCCCGUUUUUGAUUCCAUUCUCCUGCACUCUGCAGUGUAGGUGUUUGAUGAAUUGUCACAGAGAUGAAGGGAGAAGAUCACAUAAGGACUUUGUUUGGGAUUACGCUAACAGAUAAACCAACAUGGCAACAAUUUCUCAUUUGUUCUUCUGGAUUUUUCUUUGGAUAUCUUGUUAAUGGCAUUUGUGAGGAAUACGUAUAUAACAGGCUUAAAUUCAGCUAUGGAUGGUACUUUACAUUCGUACAAGGCUUUGUAUACUUAACACUCAUAAGUUUACAAGGAUUCACCACAAAGCAAAUGGUGAAUCCAUGGAAAAUGUACGUUAAGCUUUCUGCUGUUCUUAUGGGUUCUCAUGGUUUAACAAAAGGAUCCUUGGCUUAUCUCAAUUAUCCUGCUCAACUAAUGUUCAAAUCAACCAAGGUUUUACCUGUUAUGAUGAUGGGAGCUUUCAUUCCUGGUUUGAGAAGAAAGUACCCCCCACGUGAAUAUUUUUCUGCUGUUCUUCUUGUUGUUGGAUUGAUUCUCUUCACAUUAGCUGAUGCCAAUAGUUCUCCAAAUUUUAGUAUUAUUGGUGUUGUGAUGGUGUCUGGAGCCUUAGUCAUGGAUUCCUUUUUGGGUAAUUUGCAAGAAGCAAUUUUUACCAUUAAUCGUGAUACUACUCAGAUGGAAAUGCUAUUCUGCUCAACAGUUGUUGGAACACCUUUCUUGAUUCCACCAAUGGUUUUAACAGGAGAAUUAUUCAGAGCAUGGAAUUCAUGUUUUGAACAUCCUUAUGUAUACGGGGUUUUGGUUUUUGAAGCUGUGGCUACAUUUGUAGGCCAAGUAUCUGUUCUAUCACUAAUUGCCAUUUUUGGAGCUGCAACCACUGCUUUGGUAUAUAAACAUUUUUUUGAUUCUGUAUUAAAAAAAUUGGAUGUUUUAAAGGUAAAAAUGUAUAUAUGGUUAUUACAGGUAACAACUGCAAGAAAGGCAGUAACUUUAUUGUUAUCUUAUAUAAUAUUUACAAAGCCCAUGUCAGAACAACACGCGAUGGGGUUAAUUUUAAUAGCUGCGGGUAUUAUGAUGAAAAUGUUGCCUGAUCACAAGAUUCCUCAAAAGCUAAGAUUACCUGAUGCGAUUGUAAAACAAGUAAAAUCUUAUCCUAGAGAUGAAAAGAAUGAAGAACAAGAUGAAGAAAAGAGGUCUUUGGUGUGAAAUGGUUAUCGAAAUUGGUGAUUUGUUGUUGUUGUUGAGAUUGAAAGAAGGUUUUUGGUAGGGGUGUAAUGUUAGAUAUAUGAUGGUUUUGUUUUUGUUGAUUUGGAUGUGUAGUUAGAUUGAUUUGAAGUUUAAUUGGCGGGAUGUAUUGAUAUUUGGAAAUGGAUUUUCGAGAUAAUUAAGUUG